UCUGUCAGUGGAGGUCUUCAUGGAGGCGGGAGAGAUCUCUGGUGUGCAGUCUGCUAAAGCGAUCAAGCCCAUAGACCGUAAAUCGGUUCACCAGAUCUGCUCUGGGCAGGUGGUGCUGAGUUUGUCUACUGCAGUGAAAGAGCUGGUGGAAAACAGCAUAGAUGCUGGUGCUACCAGUGUUGAAGUGAAGCUUAAAGAAUAUGGGACAGAGCUUAUUGAAGUGUCUGAUAAUGGCUGUGGCGUAGAAGAAGAAAACUUUGCAGGCUUGACUCUAAAGCAUUAUACUUCCAAGAUACAAGACUUCUCUGAUCUUAUACAUGUUGAAACGUUUGGCUUUCGAGGUGAAGCACUCAGCUCUCUGUGUGCAUUAAGUGAUGUUUCUAUUUUGACUUGCCACACGUCUGCAAAAGUUGGAACACGUCUCGUGUUUGAUCACAAUGGGAAAAUCACUUCAAGAACCCCUUACCCUCGACAGCAGGGAACGACUGUCACUGUGCAGCAGUUGUUUUAUAACCUGCCAGUACGGCAUAAGGAAUUUCAGCGCAACAUAAAAAAGGAGUAUGCAAAAAUGGUUCAGGUGUUGCAAGCGUACUGUAUCAUUUCAACCGGUGUUCGAAUUAAGUGUACCAAUCAGGUUGGCCAAGGCAAGAAGCAGCUUGUGGUGGGCACCAGUGGGAGCCCUUCCUUAAAGGAAAACAUUGGGUCAAUAUUUGGACAAAAACAGCUGCAAAGCUUGAUUCCUUUUGUUCAGCUGCCCCCUAGUGAAGCUAUCUGUGAAGAGUACGGCUUGAAUUCUGCUGACAUGCCAACCGAUCUUUAUAUUAUCACAGGCUUUGUUUCCCGCUGUGAUCAUGGCGUUGGGAGGAGUACGACAGACAGACAAUUCUUCUUUAUUAACCAGAGGCCUUGCGACCCAACAAAAGUUUCCAAAGUUGUGAAUGAAGUGUACCACAUGUAUAAUAGACACCAGUAUCCCUUUAUUGUUCUCAACAUAUGUGCAGAUUCUGGAAGCGUUGACAUCAAUGUGACACCUGACAAAAGGCAGAUAAUGCUGCAGGAAGAGAAAUUUCUGUUGGCCGUUCUGAAAACCUCUUUGAUGGGAAUGUUUGGUAGUGAUGUUAACAAGCUUGUCAUCAGUUGGAAGCUACCAGAUGCCGAAGGAAUCUUUAAGCCAGGGCUUCAAGAUGAGACAGAAAUGCCUUGCUUGGAAAUGCGCAGUUCCUUGUCUCCAAAUCCAAAAAGUGCAAUGACUGUAGCCAAGCUUAGAGAGUCUUUCUCUCUCCGUCAAGAGACAGAGACCAGAGUUCAAAGUUUUGAAAAUACCAAGCAGCAGUGCAGUUCCCCUGGGCAGAGACAACUACUGAAGUUUUUUAGCGUUUCAGGAUCUCCAAAUAAGGAGACUGGUUCUGGGAAGAAAUCUACACGUGAAACUGAUAUGGAGUCAAGCAAGCCCCUGCUUCCUCAUGGAAAUACCAAGAAAUUUGCAGGAGAGACGGACUCUGGAUGCGGCAGCAUCUCUGUGGAAUCCGACAUGGGUCUGAGCACGCCAGAGCUCGGUAGUUGUUUCAGUAGUGAAAGUGCAGUCAGUUCCCCUGAUGAACAACCCCAUGUUUCCAAAGAAGAAAUUCAAAGGGAAGCUCUUGAAAUGAAUGGACAAACACAGAGGUCAGAGUGUGAUUUGAACCCAAGCAAAAAGCAUGCGUUAGCCCUGGAGGUCACCUGUUCUUCCCCAGAUGUGAAGCGUCGGAAGAUCACUCCGCCUCUGUCACAGGCAGGAAGCUCACCAGAGAGGAAUGAUGCUCAGAACUGUGCCGGUUUAUCACAGUAUGACGUACCUUUGGAAGUUGAAAAGAAAAUCACAACGCUGGAGUUUUCUAUGAGUUCGUUGACGGACAGGGUGAAGAAACUAAUCCAGCGACAACAGGAGAAGGCAGAAGUGCUGAAUUACAGAAAAUUCAGAGCAAAAAUUAGCCCUGGGGAAAAUAAAUCAGCAGAGGAUGAAUUAAGAAAAGAAAUAAGUAAAGAGAUGUUUGCCAAAAUGGACAUCGUCGGUCAAUUCAAUUUAGGAUUUAUAAUAGUCAGAUUGAACUCUGACCUGUUCAUCGUUGACCAGCAUGCUUCAGACGAAAAGUACAACUUUGAGAUGUUGCAGCAGCAUACCAUACUACAAGGACAGAAACUGAUUGCACCUCAGAACCUUAAUUUAACUGCUGUCAAUGAGAGCGUGUUGAUGGAAAACCUGGAGAUUUUCAGAAAAAAUGGAUUUGAUUUUGUCAUCAAUGAAGGAGCACCUGUAACCCAAAGAGUAAAGCUCAUUUCGUUGCCAACAAGCAAAAAUUGGACUUUUGGCCCCCAAGAUAUAGAGGAGCUGAUUUUCAUGUUGAGUGAUUGCCCUGGGGUGAUGUGCAGACCUUCCCGAGUGAGGCAGAUGUUUGCUUCUCGAGCGUGUAGGAAGUCAAUCAUGAUUGGAACAGCGCUGGAUAUAAAGGAGAUGAAGAAACUGGUCACCCACAUGGGUGAGAUUGAGCACCCUUGGAACUGUCCGCAUGGAAGGCCGACCAUAAGGCAUAUAGCCAACCUGGAUAUGGUUUCACAAGAAUAGCAAGCCUUUCAUCUGCCUUCUAAAAACCCAAACAUUUACUUCAUUGUGACUAAUUUUGGAAUUCUCUUUGAUCAUGAACUUGUCCCCAAGGCUAAAGCUUUUAAACCUCAAUUUUGUGUAGCUAAUUUUUUAAAAAAUCCGCUUGAUUAUGAAGGCAGCCGUAUCCUGUAAUGGUGUGUGUGACAGUGGUGUGUGUGAAAGAUCAAUGUUCUGUUCCCUGGUCUUCUCAGCAGUGUGCCAACAUAGCCACAGAAUCUUCAGAUCCAGGUCUCUGUGGCACAGGGCCCCCAGUUCAGCUCAAAGUCUUACCCGUUGCAUCAGCGUAAAAGAGCUUUUAUUCAUGUCCCUCUGCAAGAGUACAGACCCUUUGCUUCUCUUUGUUCCCAUUUUGCUGGGUCCAGGACCAGCUCAAGCUAUAUUGCAGCAUUUUGUGAAGAUUUAAUUUUACUGCCUUCAUUUCAUAUUAUUUUGUACUGAAGAUGUUGGGAGGAUGAGGGGCUGUGAGCUUUCUUCCCCAGUUCCGCUUCCUUUUCCUCUUUGACAUGAAUGAAUGCCGUGAGAAGGAGCUGCAGUUGGUAAAGGGUGGGGGGAUAUGUGCUGCUCCAUCCCAAAAUUCUGGAGUGGGGGGGACACCGCUGCACUCUGCUUUUGAAGGCUUUCUAGGUUCUGACAAAUUCUGACAACUCAACCUGUUGAGCAUGGACCAGCUGUAAAAGACAGAUCCAUUUGCCUUCUAGACUGGAGACAGUCCAGUGCAGUAGAUAACAAGAUGUAAGUUGUAAGUUGUCUCCUAUCAAAUCAUCUGUACUGGAAAUGACUUGUAAAUUAAUCCUUGUCAUGUAGAUAGUCUUGUCUAUGUGG